ACUUUCUCAACAACACUCAUAAACAAAUUCCCUUAUUAUCUUUUCUGCAUUUUAACGGUUUUUGGGCUUCUAAAUUAUACUGGGCGCUUUGUGAUUGAAAUUAUUGGAACCACAUUGGCGAAAAUUAGUCACUGGUGUAGAAGAAGUUUGCUGUUUAUGUAACAAUGGUUUUAGGCUUGAAAGCAAGGAACAGGAGAAGCCCCGCGGUUCACAUUGAUUAUCUAGUCCAUAUUCAAGAGAUUAAGCCUUGGCCACCAUCACAGUCACUUAGAUCACUUCGAGCCGUGUUGAUUCAGUGGGAAAAUGGUGAUCGAUGUUCCGGCUCAACGAACCCCAUUGUUCCAUCACUUGGAUCCCUUGUUGGUGAGGGGAAGAUUGAAUUCAACGAAUCUUUUAGGCUUCCCGUGACGCUAGUAAGGGACAUGUCUGUCAAAAGUGGGGAUGGCGAUGCAUUCCAAAAGAAUUGUUUAGAGUUGAAUUUGUAUGAGCCUCGUAGGGAUAAGACUGUCAAAGGCCACUUAUUGGCUACUGCCAUUGUAGAUUUAGCAGAGUAUGGUGUUUUGAAAGAAGUCACAAGCAUUAGCUCUCCGAUGAACUGUAAGAGGAGCUAUAGGAACACAGAUCAACCUGUUUUGUAUCUAACCCUUCAGUCUGUUGAGAAGGCUCGCAGCACUAGCUCCUUGUCUAGGGACAGCUUCUCAAGAGCGAUGUCGAUGGAUAAUGCUGGUGGAGAAUCUGUUUCAGCCUUGAUGAACGAAGAAUAUGCGGAAGAAGCUGAAAUUGCAUCUUUCACGGAUGAUGAUGUUUCUUCCCACUCAUCUGUUACAGCUUCUUCUACUGCUUUUGAGUCUAAUGGGGGAUUACAUCCUCGAAAUGCAGAGAAUGCAGUAAACACAUUGACUGAUGGCACUGAAGGAAGUAGCAAGAAAAGUGCUGCAGCAUCGAAACUUCAGCUUGAAGAGUCAAAUCUGGUACGUCAGAGUCCACCACAUGAAAAUAGGAAGGGAAAUUCAUCGUGCUCCUCGUCAGUAGACUUAUCUUCUGAUUUUGGAAGUCCCCUAAAUAAUCAUGCUUCAGUAUCCCACUCUCCCAACUCAAGUUCAACAAAAAUCCCAAAAGAUGUUGAAUCCUAUGGUAGUCAUUCUUCCCCUUCAUCCUUAAAGAAUGAAAAUGCAGCAGGUUCCAACAUGAGAGUGAAAAGUAAUGAUGGUGAAUAUUUUGCUGAAUGGAGUAAUGAAAAUGUUGCUGCUGGAAGAAGUGAAAUUACAGAUGACGCUCACCAAAUUGGCCAAGAACACAGAUCUAUUUCUCUUCAAGCCAAAGGGGGAUUCCCAAAUAGGAAUUCUCCGGUAGUUGAGAAGCUGGGUUCUAAUGGCGAUUCUCAAUCUAAUGGAAAGAAUGAUGGGCGAACUAAGGAAAUUAGUAGAGAUUUCUCCGAGGAGGCCGCAACUAGUGAGGACAGCUUUGAUAGCUCUACGGAGGACAACGAAAGAAAGAAAGAAGAAGAAAGGAUUAAUGAUGAAUUGUACAUUGAGCAAGAUGUUACCAGAAAGCAGUCAUUGGGAAGCGAUACAUCUCCAAGCAGGGCAAAUCUUGGAAUCAAUGAGAAUGUCCUGAAAAGUGAAAGAUUAAAGCACGUGAAAUCUGUUAGAGCUGACUCGGCAAGGAAUGGAUUAGUUAGUAGUAAUCAGCAUGCAGAUAUUAAGGAAAGUGGUGUUCAGGGUGAUGCACAUAGCAGUGUGGGUAACCUUCGACUUAAGGAACGAAAAGAUGCCAAGGUGUUUCCAAGAGAUGCCAGAAGUGCCAUUUUAGAAAGCAAGAUGCAGCAAUUGGAACAUAAAAUAAAAAUGCUCGAAGGAGAGUUGAGGGAAGCUGCCGCCGUCGAGGUUUCUCUUUACUCAAUAGUUGCUGAGCAUGGAAGUUCUGGAAGUAAGGUACAUGCUCCAGCUCGGCGCCUAUCUCGGCUCUACCUUCAUGCUUGCAGGGAAAGUUCCCAGUCUAGAAGGGCCAAUGCAGCUAGAAGUGCUGUUUCAGGACUAGUGUUGGUCGCAAAAGCAUGUGGAAAUGACGUCCCCAGGUUAACAUUUUGGUUGUCAAAUUCUGUUGUGUUGAGAACAAUAAUAAGCGAAGCUGCCGGUAAACUGGAGCUUCCAACUUCUGCUGCACCUUCUAUCAAUAGGAAUAGCACUCAAAAGGUAAAAGACAAGGUAUCAUCUCCAUUGAAAUGGAAGAUGUCCUCUCCCAGCAAAAGGGAAGCAGCAGAACUUUUGUCCAGCGGGUCCGGCCACUGGGAGGAUCCAAAUGCAUUUACAUAUGCCCUCGAAAAGAUUGAAGCUUGGAUCUUUUCCAGAAUUGUUGAAUCUAUCUGGUGGCAGACUUUCACUCCACAUAUGCAGUCUGUUGAUGCAAAGGAAAGUGAUAAAAAUGAUGGUUCUGGGUCAACUAAAAGCUAUAGUAGGACGUCGUCUAUCUCCGGCGAUCAAGAGCAAGGUAGCUUUUCAUUAGACCUGUGGAAGAAGGCUUUCAGAGAUGCCUCUGAACGACUUUGUCCUGUACGUGCUGGAGGGCAUGAAUGUGGCUGCUUGCCUAUGUUGUCUAGAUUGGUGAUGGAGCAAUGUGUAGCUAGAUUAGAUGUGGCAGUGUUCAAUGCCAUUCUUCGAGAAUCUGGUGAUGAGAUCCCUACUGAUCCUGUAUCUGAUCCCAUCAGCGACUCCAGGGUCCUUCCUGUUCCAGCUGGGAAAUCAAGCUUCGGGGCUGGUGCACAACUGAAAACUGCGAUUGGAAACUGGUCUAGAUGGCUGACCGACCUAUUUGGCAUUGACGAUGAGGACUCACUCGAAGAAGUAAACGGCCAUGACGACGAUGAUGAAAGACAAGAUACAUCCUUCAAGUCCUUCCAUCUUCUUAAUGCGUUGAGUGACUUGAUGAUGCUUCCAAAGGAUAUGCUUUUAAGUGAAUCCAUUAGAAAAGAGGUAUGCCCCACAUUUGGUGCCCCAUUGAUUAAGAGAAUCCUCGAAAACUUUGUGCCAGAUGAAUUUUGCCCUGAUCCAAUCCCUGAUGCUGUGUUUGAAGCUCUUGAAUCUGAGGAUGCUAGUGAGGCAGGAGAGGACGCUGCCACAAACUUCCCAUGCAGUGCAUCUGCAAUUGUGUAUGCUCCGCCUUCCACAGCAUCCAUUGCUAGUGUUAUCGGAGAGGUCGGUGGAGGUCAAGCACAUCUGAAAAGAAGUGGGUCCUCGGUGCUCAGAAAAUCAUACACAAGCGAUGACGAGCUUGAUGAACUCAACUCGCCAUUGGCUCUGAUCAUGAAGGAUGGUCCCCACUCUUCACCGGUUCCUACAAAGUCCAGCUGGAUUUCUAAGGAAAACAACAACCAAAAUGCAGUCAGAUAUGAGCUACUUCGCGAAGUAUGGACGGAAAGCUAGUGUAGACCUGGUUAACUACUACUCUAUACGUGUUCAUAUAGAUUUGUUUCUCUUGCUUGUCAGUUUGUAAAUCAUUACUUUGUUAAAGUCUUAGGGGUUCACUGUUAAACUGGGAAAAGAGGUAAAUAUGAAAUAUAGUGGCGUUCAAGGAUGACAAAAACACAUCUUAUGGGUGCGUGUAAUAAUUAGAAGGAAAUAAAUUUUGAUGGCCACGGUUGUUUUUGGUUGAUUUCUAGGAAAAUGAGAGUGUAGUUUGCAGUUUUAAUUGUAAACGCAAGGCUACAACCACAAAUCAACAGGAGGCAGAAAAGAGAUCAUAUUCACCUUGUGAGGUCAUAGUACCGCAUCGACCACAAGUCAUACAU